AGCACCUCCCCUAAUCUAACUGCAGAUAAUAGGCAUAAAUUAUUCAGAGACAAACACGAGCUUUAGCACCAUCAAGCCCUAAGGCCAGCCAACUAGUAUGGUUUUGCCGGCCUGACCCCAUCCCAACAAUGCCUCACAUUCUCUUCCCAUUGGCACAUUCCCAUACGAUAACGGUUCCACCAAUCCAAUUCCUGCGCACCUGCCACAUAAGUCACCGUCCGAUUCCAACCGGCCCUUGAUUACAACAGCAUUACAGCGAUGCGUCUUCAGGUAAAAGGGUCAGGGGAUGAACCCGUGUUCCCGUGGAACCGAACAUCCGUGCCUCUUCGCUGCCCCCAUUAUGGCUGAUCUUCCCGUUCUCAUCGUCGGUGCAGGCAUCAGUGGCCUCCUUCUGGCCCAGCACCUCCAGAAGAUCGGUGUCCCUUACAAGAUCUUCGAGCGCGAUGCCGCUAUCGAUGCACGAAGCGGGGGUUGGGGAUUGACGCUCCAUUGGGCGCUCCCUGCACUACGGGAACUCCUACCGGAUGACCUUGUGCAACGCCUCCCAGAGGCAUAUGUCAACAAAGCGGCUGCUGCCCGCGGUGACACCGGUCGCUUUUCGUUCUUCGAUCUUAAAACAGGAUCAGCGUUGUACAGUGUCCCCGCUGCGGAGCGCAUUCGGGUCAGUCGCGUUCGACUGAGGCAGCUGGUGGCCACGGGGCUUGAUGUUCAGUGGAACAAAACUCUCCAAAACAUCGAGUCCUCCGCCGACACCGUCACCGCGCAUUUCGCAGACGGCACCUCCUACACAGGGUGCCUCUUGAUCGGCUGCGAUGGAUCGCGAUCCCCCACCCGCGAGAUCUUGUACCCGGACAGCCAUGAGAUGAAUCCACUACCGGUGCAGAUCCUCGGUGCAGCUACUCUAUAUACAGCAGAGGAGAUGGCCGGCGCAGCAGAAAUUGAUCCGUUCAUUUUCCAGGGCUCGCAUCCUGAAUCCAACGUCUUCCUGUUCUUCAGCAUCCUCGACAACCCCAACAACUUCGCAGAAAGCAGCAAGGACAAAUACGAAUGCCAAAUUAUAAUAUCAUGGGCAGAUUCCAAGGACAUCGCAGUCCCCAGCGACAACAGGGAGCGAAUCGCCCUGAUGAAAUCAUUGGCCUCGAACUGGGCGGAGCCAUUCAGGACCCUGGUCUACGGAUUACCUGAGGACACGGAGGCACGGUCAAUCCGCAUCGCGGACUGGAUGUUCCGACCGCUGCAGAAUCGCUCACACCCUAGGGUUGUGUUGAUGGGUGAUUCGGCGCAUACGAUGACUAUGUACCGCGGAGAGGGGGCUAACAAUGCCAUUGUCGACGUACUGGAUCUGACUAGGCGUGUGGACAUGCGUUCACUAGGAUCCAUGUCGACACAAGCACUGCGAGAUGCAUUGGACACCUACGAGAACGACGUCUUCAGGCGCGCGGAGCCCAGCGUGCUUAACUCGCGUCAGGCCUGUGUCGACGCUCAUGACUUCACGCGGAUCUUGGACGAGAGUCCACUGGUAUCAGCCCGGGUGCUGAAGGAGGAUGCCACGGAGCAGAAAUCCUAGCUGAGGUCCAUCCAAGGAGUCGCAGAGAACCAGCAUAGAACAAUGAACCUGCGUUCAAUAAAUCCAAGAAAAUGAAAAUGAUAUGCAUCACCAGAACAAAUAG